AUGUACUUACAAGUUCUCCCACUCCUCUUCCUCCCUACGGCCUUUGCACAGGCAUCGCAACAGCCGAUCAUCCCAACGCACAUCGGCGUGCAGUGCACAAGCACCAUCACCGAGACCAUCCCGUGGGGCUGCACAGUCACCGAGCCAGCAAUCACCACCACCCAACCAGUAGACUGCGCCGGGUGCGUCCUCAGCACCACCUCCCGCAGAAACGGAUUGUUCGGCGUCGGACCCGUCUGCAUAGGCGGCAGGACAACAGUGCUGGACGCCGGGCUGAAGAAGACGAUUACGGUGUGUGCAUCGGGGAGUGGCGGGCAGUGCACGAGUACGAUUACCGAUACUAUACCUUAUGGCUGCACGGUGACGGGGCCGGCGAAUACGGCGACGACGGCGGUGGAUUGUGGGGGCUGCGUGCUUUCUACUACUUCGAGUAUUAAUGCGUUGUUUGGUGUUGGGCCUGUUUGUAUUGGGGGGAGGACGACGGUGCCGGAUCCCGAGUCGACUUCGACUGUUACUGUAUGUGCGCCUUCGGGGUAUGCGCGAGAUGAGGUGAGUGUUCCGAUCAAGGCGUAG